AUGCCACCAUUUGUAUCGCCGCAACUUACUCUGUACGAACAGCAACCACGCGAUAGUCAAACUAACGAGCAGUUGUUAUCGCAAAACGGAGAUGGCGAUUGGAGCAGCGUAUAUCCUCCACUCAGGAAAAAGCCCAAACAAUCCACGAACUGGACGCUGGCGGAAGACAAGUUGUUAUUGGAACUCAAGGAAGUCCGCAAGUUGGGCUGGAGGGAAAUCUCAACUUUUUUCCAUGACCGCACCCCCAACGCCUGCCAGUUUAGGUGGCGGCGGAUGAUCAGUGCUGUGUCUCCCGUGCUUGCUACCGCCAACACCAAAGUUGCAAUUGCACGGAAUGACAAUAGAGAGGCCGAACUCGGUGCCGAAGAAUCUUCAUCGACUUCGUUAUCGUCGUCGUCGCGGAAUGUCGACCCCCAUGCUGAGCUGCAGCCUCCCAAUGACGACGACUCGGAAAGCUCAAAGCUGGUUCUAGACGAGGACGAGCCUGUCUACAAGAUGAGGCGCAACGUUCACAGUAUUGAAUACUUGUUGAACUAG